ACAGUCUUUGGCGGAUCUAUGAUGGCCGCUACCCAGUGAUAGCACAGGCCCAUGCAUUGGAGGAUGACAUGCCUGCAGGUGUGACGCAGAAUGAGGCUUGCCGCACCGUGCCAGAAGCUCCUUCUUUGUCUUCAGAGGUGCAAGCUGCCAUUGGCCGUGCCUUGAAGCCUGGAGCUUCCGCUUCUGCUCGACUCGGUCUGCCCCAUGCAGCUUGUGAGGCCGCAGUGGUACGUCGUGCAUUCCGCUCGGCUGCACUUUUAGUACAUCCAGACAAAUGUCAGCAUCCCAAGGCCAAGCUGGCUUUUCAGAAGCUGUCGGAGGCGUUCGACCAUUUGAGUGGAUCGCCUGGACAGAGGCAGCAGCCCGAUUCACAAGGCUUUCCAGGGCGACCCUACCAGCGUGGUGGCGGCUAUGACAGGCCGGCACCUCCUGGGUGUUGGGGCGAGAGCUGGGAGGACAUAGAUGACGGAGGGCACAGAGGUGGAAAGUCCUGGUGGGAUGCGGGAUGGUCUGAGUUUGAGCAGCGCCUUCGGGCUCGGGAGGCAGAAGAGCUGCAGAAACAGGCGAUGGAGGCUGCGCUGCGGCGCGGUGAGGACUCCUUGGAUGCGUACAUGGUGAUCCUGGAGGCGGAGCUGUCAACUGGAGGCUCCGAGUCCUUCCGCGCCAAGCGCCCGCCCGCGCCCGAAGCGAACAAAGAAACAGAGGCAACAAAGGAUAAUUGCCCAAAGCGGCAAGCCAAGCGCCCAAGGCCCUUCCGAAACUUCCGGUUCGACGAAAAAGUCGCAGAAGUGAAGGCCGGCGUGGCACGCAAAGCGGGCGAAGCGGCUGUGCCGACGUCCAGCUGUUCAACUCCCAUGGCCGAUGCUUUUUGGCCAUGUGCGCUUUCCCCACCCGUGAGCCCCGGGCGCUGGCAUCGCCUUGACGUCAGCCGCUUCGAGCUCCGGAGGGUAGUCCGCCGACGUCGGCUGCGAGCGUGUGACAAGUUUGCUCCAGAGGCAACUGCCACAGAGGUCCUGGACGGCGUCGGAGCGUGUGAAGUCCUGGCCUUUCCUGCGAUUGAUGGGGUUCGCUGUGUUGCGCUCGUAAAAGGUGAUAUUGCAGACGAAGAGCGAGUACCAGUUCGAGUUCACUCAGAAUGCUUGCUGGGCGAUGUGUUUUCUUCCAGGAGGUGUCAGUGCGGUGAUCAGUUGAAAGCAUUCAUGAAGCUUCUGAGCAAGUCACGACGUGGAGCUAUAUUGUAUCUCCAGGGCCAAGAAGGAAAAGGGAUCGGAUUAUCCAACAAGCUCAAGGCGUACGUCCUUCAGGACGAAGGCUUGGACGAAGAAACAGCCAAUGUCCGCCUUGGCUUUCCUCCGGACUUGCGGCAAUAUACUGCAGCAGAGGCUGCGCUCCGGUUUCUGCGUGUGAAGUCUGUGAUCCUCUUCUCCAGCAGCCAGAGGAAGAUCUCAGGCUUGCGUGACUUCGUCGAUGGAAUUGCCAUUUGGUCUGCUGUGAAGCGACGAUGGGAGCAGUGA